CAAUUUCUGAGUGAUCAAUCCCUUUCCUUUAUAUUAAAUCUUUAAUUUUUUCUUAAUGCUAACAUCUGCUGAGCUGAAACAUUUUUAUCCUUUACCACCUGUUUAUUUUCAAAGUGUUAGGAUAGUCGUCUACGUGUGUUCCUUCUGCAGCAGUCAUGGCUGACAGGAAAUGAAACUAGUGAUGGUAAAAGUUGAUUACAUGCGCCACAGGAACAGAGAGAUGAGCAUGUGUCAGUCCUGAACGCAGCCUGUUUUCUGUCUGCCACGAUGCUGGCCCUAUUAUUACUGCUUUGCUGUUUAAAUGGAUAUUUGUUGGCCAAUAAGGCUCCCGACGUGGACUGUUUGGUGGUGGAUCUGAAAUAUGUGUCCUGUUCUUGGAAAAAGACUACAGAUGGAAAUUAUACUUUUACCAGCUGGUUCGAAAAAGAGACAGUGCAUGAAUGUGUGGAGUAUCUACCAGGAAACAGCACACACACCGGGUGUAACCGACCUUACGUUGAAACACAGAGGUUUGACACGUUCCAUACUGUGUUACAACGCGGAGAUGAAAGACAAGAGCAAGAACAUCAGCUUAAGAUGAAAGUCAAGUUGAACCCACCGACUAACGUCACCGUCAAAUAUGGAUCCGACCAAAACUUGUGGUUCUACUGGAACCAGACUCACAAAAAAUGCGUGGAGAGUGAGGUCCGCUACAGGAAAAAACAAAUGAAGUGGGAGGUAGGGUUCUGUUUUGGGGUUUUUGGUCUUCCUGUUGUUUUCUCUUGCCAUCAUUCUGUCGUUCUUUUUCUUCAGCACUCCAGGGUUUUCACUGACAAGUCCUACUGCAUCAACCUGCCGUCAAACAACUCCAGAUAUGAGCUCCAAGUGAGAAACAAGCUGGACGGCGGAUGUGGGGGCGCCCCCGACUACUGGAGUGAAUGGAGCGAGCCCGCCAUCUGGGGCUCCAACAACAGCACAGAAUCAAAUCAUAGUGGAGGCUCAAUGUCUGUGUGGUCACUAGUGUGGUACGUGAUGGGGGCUAUAGUCCUCAUUCUGCUGGUCAUGAUGCUGCUGCACCAUGAAAGGCUCAGAAUCAUCCUCAUCCCUGUGGUUCCUAAACCUUCCCUGGUCACCCAUGAUAUUGAGGAAUGGUUUCAGUUCUCCAAAAGUCUCAAAGAGGGCUUUAAGACUAACUACAACGAGCGGGCCUGCCCUGUGCGUGAGUACAUCUACGUCUCCCAGUCGGACAGCGACAGCAUUGACAGCGUCAGCCUCUCUGUCAGCACCGACCAAACCGACUGCUCCGGCUUCACGGCUGCGGAUGGACCAAAGGAUCCAUCAGACACCCAGUCCUCCUCCAACAUCUCACCUGAAGAGAAACCAUAAGUUCCACCUUAAAACUUAAAGCAGUCAAGUUUGGUUUUAUUGAUCCCUCAAAAAGCCUCAAUUGUGGGUAAAAAUUAGGGCUGGGCGAUACUGAGCAUUUGGGUAUCGAUAAGAUUCCGGUUAAUAUUGCCAAUAUCAAUAUCAAUAUUUUUCGUAAAUGCGACAUAAACCUCAAAAUCUCAAUUAUUUUAAUUAAUGUGAAUGUUUUCUUUUUUACAUUUCCAUUUUUUGAUUACUUGAAAAACAUAAAAAUAG